AUGGCAGGUGAGAUGCCAAAUGGCCACGCGCCACAUGCGCCAAUAGAAGUUUCCUUCCCAUUGCCCAAAGCACCUCAUACCAAUCUGCACUUGCAGCUCACCAACAAUGGCCCCAACUUGCUGCUCUUCCUAACCACCGCCACGCCUGAAUCAGCGUCUUCUUCCCCACUGGGCUCAUUCGUGUACGCUAUGCCCAAUCGUGCUUUCACCAUACUCGCCAGCAGAGUGCACGAGGAAGUCAGAGCUAAUCAUUCAUGGCAGAGAGCUACACCAACAGAUACACUGAGCACACCCCUCUUCACCCAUGGCGGAACCCUGGAUUUUGCAACGCGGCUGUCAAAAGUCCUUGCGCGCAAGACAGGGAAGCCGGUCUAUGUAGGUAAUUCCGCCAGCUUUGCGAGUGCAGGCAUGGGCGGCACUGUCGAAGAAGAGAUGGAGGGGUUCAAGAGGGUGGUGGAGGUUGUCAUGGACUGCACGCACAACACCUCAGCUCACGCGACAGGAGAGAGCCAUAUUCGAGCUGGAAAACAAUGUCCCAAUGAUGGCGGAAGGGAGUCACGACACACGAGGGAACUCAAUACGCUUCUGGACAUUUUACAAUCAUUACUCCACGUUCUAUACUCUAAAGCUGAAAAGCUUCGCAUUUCCCUCCAAAAACAUGCAAUCCACACCAUCUACACAUCUUUCAGCCUCUCCUCCACGCUCCUCUUCGCCUCAUCAGACGUAUUCGGGUUAUUCAACGUCGCCUUGAGACCGCCAGUAACAUUAUUGGAAUUCCUCUCUCCACCAGACUUGGACGCAGAUUCGACAUCUCCAACAUUCUCCGCGUUCUCGAGAACCUCGCGGGAUCGUACUGGGUUUAUUGAGAUUAGCUUUGUGGCCUCCAAUCACGUUUCCAGAGUUGGCAGACAUGGCGAUGUUGUUGUUGUUGGAGUGAUUGUGCUGAUUACGUUGGAGUGA